GGCUAUUCGUUCACUUGUGACGUGGAGAGUGGAAUGUGUAGCAGAGAAUAUAAGUCAAUCCACAAUGAUAGCCACAAAAUUCCUACUAUUUAUUUUAAUAUCGUUAAGUUAUUCAGAAGCAGAUCCACCGUAUUCAUCAAAUAAGCUCGAGGAUGUUUUUGAAACAGUGACAGAUUUUUUUGAAAAACUGAAGAAGGACUACGAACACGAGAUACCGAGCACUGAGGUGAUAAACAAGCUUGAUAAUGAAAUUGACAAGUACGUAGAAAAUUUAAAAAUACCGAACAUACAUCGUAGUCGAAGGCAGGUAAAUAAUUUCGGAGAAGAAAGGAACGAUUUAGGUACUUACGUAUUAAGUGGAUUCCAAUCGUUUUCUUCCCUUCGUGUGCCUGGUGCUCUUGAUGUAUCCUUCUUCAUGCAUCAACACGGUGCUGAGCUAGAGUGGUUUGCCGUAGCCUUGAAUUCAACGAAAUUAACAUUACUUCGACUAAAUGCCAAUAUUUUCCAUCCGAUUUAUAAUUUGUCAUUGAGCGAAGCAAGCUGCCUAGAUUCUGAGAGUUUGGAAACAGUUGGUACCAUAAUGGCAAUUGGGUGCUCUAAAAGUGGUAUCACGAUUCUACGACUCUAUCAGGACAAGCCAUCCGAACCACUGUCCCUGCACUUGGCGCAGCAUUUGGAAGCAUCAGGGAAUUCUCGUCCGGUACUCUGGCGAGGCAUGAAUCAGCUGUUCCUGGGCGUAUCUAAUCCUCACAACAUUACAAUAUAUCACUGGCUGGGAGAGAACUUCGAUUCCAUACAGACCAUUUCUAACAUCGGAGCAGAGAUGUUGGUGCCUUUCAGGAUCGGUGGCUCCAUGCAUCUAGCUGCGAUGAGUUCACGCAGUACAAUAAUUCUGAGAUUCUUGCUUCGUUCCAGUGAAUUUAUUGUUGUACAAAAAUUGCCCAGUGCCAAAGACAUCGUUGCCUUUGAGGUGGGAAAGGAACGUCUCAGAGAGCACUACGUCGUAUUGUCUCUAAACAAAGGAUCCCUUGAAAAUGGUUCCACGAUUAUCUACAAAUAUACUGCUGGGCGUUUUGUCCCAUUCCAAGAGCUUCUGCCAGCGCAAAAAAUCUUUUACAUACCUUCCUCGAAAAAAGACACAGCGGUUCUAUUGUUGUCACCAAAAGACCAGGUUGACAGCACGGUUAUCUUCCAGUACGAUGGUUGGAGGUUCGAACCAUUGGAUGUAAACCCUCUUCGAAUGAACCAACUGCGUCCAGUUUCUUUACAAGGUGAAGACUUUAUAGCCAUCGAGAAUGCUACCAGUGAAUGGACCUUACUUAUUCCAAUUUGGAGCCGGAGAAACACCUGGGGACAGAUAAAGGAAGACAUUACAUCGUGGUGUCUCGAAGCCAGAAAUAAGCUGAAGGAAGAUCUUGCUUUAUUAACUUCGAAGGAGUCCCCACUGCCAGACACAAUACGAAUUAGGAAUGGAGCUGUCAUCGAUAAACUAUACACUAAAGAGUUAAUUGGAAAUACUACCAUGAUACAGAGGUUUGUGGGCUUAAGUGAACAAUACAAGACGGAGGAGUCUAAAUUGCUCACAGCAAGAGAUACAUUGAUUAAUGCAAUGUCUGUGGAGAAUACUAGAUUUGUGCGACUAAAUGCUUCUACCGUUAAAACAAGGUGUACGUCUAACUGUAGAGCACAAAGUACGGUUACGGAGGUAAAGAGCACCAUUCUGGAAGAAUUGAGGAGACUCGACACUGUCCAUACAAGUAAUGUUAAAAGAAACACCGACAGUUAUGGUUUAGAACUUGAACACGUUAAAGUUGAUUCCGUUGGAUCGAGUUUGCCUUGCCCAAAGGCCAUUUUGAGACUAAACGAAGUGAUUCUUGGAGGAGACCAAAAGAUCAACGGAGUAUCCCUUAAAACUCUCUGGGACGACACAUUAAAAAUCACAGGGGAUCAAGAAAUUACAGGAGACCAUGUGAUAUAUAGUCUCACAGCGAACAGUGCUUCGAUACCUUUGGGAAUUGCAUCGCAGACUAUCCAGACAACGGUGCAGGCAAAGACUAUAACAACGAAGGAUUUACAUCUAACAGAGGCAGGAUUGUUGUUGCCUUUGAAUGGCUCGCCAGUUUCCAUUACUGGACAGAUCCAAGCUCCAAAAGUCAGAAUUCGAAAGGUCCAUUUACGUGCAGGAGUAAAAGGAGAAGGUAUCAAAGUACUAGCCCCGAUGGCCCACGUACCAGGACCUCUAACGUUACCAAAAGGCACUUACUUCCUGAAGAAUGUCACAAUAGCGAGUAUUCUUAAGGCUGGAAGCAUAACUCUAGGCAAUGGAACGUCCUUGAAUGCGAUAGUAGAGAAUUCCGUACCUCUACAGGCUGCGGUACCGGUUCAUUUUGUCCUCGACGGUAACACCAUUGAAUGGAGCAGAGUUACCUUGGAAUCCCUACGUCGCGUAUUAACGACAAGUCCUGGGACUGCCGUGAACAUAACUGGAAAAAAAUUCGCACCCGGCGGUGUAACUCUGCCUCCGAACAAAAAUACUGUCCAAAGUGUCCCCAGAAUCAAAGGAACGGUGUGCGGAAAAAGUGCGGUCACGUCCGACAUAUCUACUGAGACUGUAAGAAUGGGUCGAGUGGUUGCGAACUCAACAUUAAGUAAUUCCAUUUUCGGCGCAAUGACUUUCUACGAGAUGAUCAUGGAUACGGUCACUUCUGCCUCGGACAUAGAUUUCAGUUCGAAGAACAUUCUACAGCUUAGAGCCAAGAAAAUAUCUCCAUCCAGUAUACGCGACUUUGAUUUCAAAGGAUUGAAGAAUCUGCUCUCCCGCUGGUCGGCGCCGGGGAAGAUGAAAGGCUCCGUCAAAGUUUCCAAUCUAAGUGUCCACAGUCUUUUCUCAGAUGAAGCGUUCAACGUUCCGUUGCCUCCUCACGUAGGAAAUGUUGUAUCUAAGAGAAACGCUUACGUUAAUUCUCUAGGGAAUAUAAACAUCAAGGAAUUUAUGGAAGGCGUUGUCAUCACCGAUACGCCGAUGACGUUGAAGAACUUAACAUUCGCUGGAAAUCUCACUGUUGGUCAUAUGCAAGCGUCUCAUGCACCGUCAAUCCUCCAAAAUCCGGAAACGAACUCUGGGGAUGUCUCACUGGGUUCGAAGACCGUCGAAGGCCCUCUGGAAAUACAAGAAGGAUUAACAAUACCGCACUCCUUUGUACAAUUGUCAAAUGACGCCGUCGAGCAUCUAAUUAUUCGAGGAUCCGCAGUGUUUAAGAAGGAGCCCACUGUGGAGACCAUUAACGAGAUAGACAUUAACAAAUUAAUUUCCAAUGAUAUCUGGAUGAUUGGAAAUGCGGCUACGCUCUCGGCAGAGACUUUCGAGUUUAAGAACUCCUCAUUUCACGGCCCUGUAUCUUUAAACGAAGGCGUCGACAGCCCCGGGUUUGGCUCGUGGGAAAACGCGAAGCACCGAGUUCUGAGUAAAUCGGAAUCCCAAGAAAUCUCCGUUGAGGCAUCAUUUGACCAUCUUCGUGCCCCAGGAGUUGCCACUUCGGAAUCGGCCUCUCCAAGACUGCUGGUACCUGAAACAUCAAUUUUGUCAGAGUUACAGCAUAACACCCUGAAGAAAAACGCAACUCAAACCGUGAAUACCAGCCUGGGAUUCGAGGAGCUACAUAUCUUAGGAGAUCCAGUGAUACAUGGAACGAUCAACGACAUGAAUUUAACUACCGACGUCAUGCGAUCCGACGUAGAAAAAAAUAUUCUUUCCGGAACAACUACGGUUAACCACCUAAUAGCUGAGGAUGUCGAGAGCUUUAAUUUUAGCGAAUGGUCCAGCGGAGCGUUAAUCACGAACAAGGCGAAAGAGACCAUCGUUAUCAAGGGCCGGAAAACAUUUACAAAUUUCAACGGCCCGUCGUUGAAAGUGGCCGGAAAGGUAGCGGGCUACACGAUGGAAAGUCUGCUAUCGCGAACGAAUCCCCAGGAGAUUACGGGCAAGAAAACUAUCAAAGGGAUCGUGAAGGCACCAGCGAUUAUACUGGAUGGAUUCGUUAACGACGUGAACUUAACGAGCGUCAUCGAAUACCAGUUAACAAUUAACGCUUCCCGACAAACUAUCAGGACAGAAGUCAGACUGCAGGGGGAUUUAGAAAUUUUCGGCAACGUCACAAUGAAAGGACUUUAUCAGGGGGUCGAAUUGACGCCGAUAGCAGAUCAAGUAAACGGCAGUCUGACUUCCGUCUUGGAAGGAAUGCAAGAACUGACCGAUCUUGCCGAGAUCGUGGACAUCGCUCUGCAAGACCGGGCCGUGCAUUUCCACAAAUUGGCCUUGCCGGAAGACCAGAGGUCUAUAUCACUUCCCGAGUCCAUCGAGCCAGAGGUGGGGCCGACGGAAGUGAAAUUCGACGACCUGGGUACUUGCACCAGAUCGCCUAAGGGUACUCUCGAUUGCGACAACGAAGAACUGCGAGGUCUGCUAAGGUCAACCUCGACCAGCGGGACCAUACUGAACGAGAUCAUACCAUUGGGCGACCGGAUGCUCCUCCUCUCGGUGUCGUCCCAUCCCGACUCCAAAAACGGACAUUCCGGGGUGUCGAUAUUCUCCUACGACCGAAUCAAUAAGAAAUCCCGUCCGGUCUCAACUCUUCCCUUGAUGGAGCCUAUUCGAGCGAUCUCUGGAACUGCCGAUGGAUCGCUAUGGAUCGCCGUUCAGCAACCAUCUCGGCUCGUCAUCCUGAGAUGCGAGCCCUGGGGAGCUUUCCGGGAGUACGUCAUUCCAGGAUCGAGCCUCUUCCUGAUGAACAAGGUCCACACGGGAGAGCUCCUGGUCUUCCGGUCGGACGGAGUCUGGAGAAUAGGAGGACUUGCAGGACCUCGUAGCGUUUUCCACCUUCCCCAGGAUACUCGAGUCGGUCCUGUCGAAAUUAGCCACCACUCGGGCAAAGGCACCGACCCGUCCAAGGUCGAGAUGCGGUACUUAGGUAAUUGAGACAACGCGUACGCUCUAAUUUCCUGGAAUUAAUGAAAUUAACGGAAAGGCUGUGAGAUUGUGUGCAGACGUGUACGCACAUCAUUUAGAAAACCAACGUGAUCUCGUGUGUUCUUUGUAAGUUGAAUUGUAAUUAAAAAGUAUGUUAUUACCGAUAUCGAUAUUGUCCUCGUGGAUACCGUUCGCAGAAAUACACCGCCUGGGAGGUA